AUGACUGUGGUCUCUCCACUCAUCCGCCGCACUACUAUACAAGUCGGCACCGCCUUCGAAAAACACGCUCUCGCCUUCCUCACCGCUUCCAUGUCCAUGUCUUUACGCCGGGUGGGAGGCGCUGGGGACGGAGGUGUGGAUCUGAAAGGAUGGUGGUGGGUUCCGGCAGAUGCCUCAUCUGAUACUGUGGCAAGAAGAGAAAUGGCGAGGAGAUUGAGGGUGAUAGCGCAAUGCAAGGCCGAAAAGAAGAGCGUCGGCCCUCGCGCUGUACGUGAAUUAGAAGGGGUCAUGUCGCAGCUCGACUACCGUGGAGAGCAGUCUUCCAGCGAAGCGACUGUAGCCUUAUUUAUCUCGCAAAACGGGUUUACAAAGAAUGCCAUGAUCCACGCCAGUCAGUCGCGGACACCCAUGAUGCUCUUACAUCUCCCCGGUGGACAAUAUGUCGAUGCUCCUCUACUAUCUUCAUCGCCCGGGAGCAAUUCAAAUGUAGAAACUUCGAUCAAAGUUGAGAGCGCCUGGUGGAAUCGCGCCCUGUCGCAUGGGGUCUUGGGCGGGAGGUUGGAGCUGCGGCGAGAGAUGGUGACAAAUGGACGGGGAGUGGUGGGAACCAAUGUGGGUCUGUGGAUGGACGGUGCUAGGGUCGAUAGACUUGUGCCAGAGACUGGAGUGGAUGAUUUGUGA